AUGGAGGUGCCCGACUGUGUUGGGCCUGAGCCACAACUGAUCUCUGGCCUGACCGCUAUCGUAAUUCCUGACGGCCUGCUUUCCGAUGAUAUUAACGACGAUGGAAGAUCCAGCAGCUUGAGCGAGAUUGAUGAAAGGCUAGAUGAUAAUCAACUCGACGAGCUAUCGCCUAUACGGGAAAGGUUUGCUGGCGAGAUCGACUCCGAGGCGGAAACGGAACGCAUCGAAGAUUCCCCCCAUCGCCCCCGUGAUCAUAUAAAUAUUGUAGCAAGCGCCGCAAUAUCCGGAGCAAGUCCAAGCAAACUAGCACAAUCUACCACAUAUGAUGACAUGGAUGAAGAUGAAGGCGUAUCCCCAAGUAAGCCACCACGAGACUUGAGAACUAAUGGUGUCGCUAUUGGUAUGAAUAGCGAUAGAGAUGGCUCCGCUUCUGUACCUCUAGAAAUUACCGGGAAGAAACGAAAGCGCGGGACGUCCACUGAUAAUGGGGGAGAAACACCGGGCGACGACGAGCCAAUGCGAAAGCGCCGUAGUUCGGUACCUGAUUGCAAUGCUGAGGCGACGACCAUUACAGCGUCGGAACCCAUGUCGAAAAAGAACGACACUGGAUCGAACGACGAAACUCCUGCGAAUGGGGACAAGGGGGGUGAUUCUCGCCCUUCUACUCUCAAAGGCAGAAAAGGGAAAAAAGGUAAACGCAAAGGAAAGAAAACCAAAGAUACCUAUGAUGAUACGGAAGACAAUGGGCAAGGUGAAGAAAACGUAGCGAAUGGAGAUGAUCAAUUGGUAGACGAAGAAGAAAAUGCAGAUGGCGUCGAUGGGACCGACGACCCUGAAGCAGCCUCUAGAAUGGAAGAAUGUAAGCCCUGUACGCCUCAUGGUUUAUACGGUUGA